AUGGAGAUAGGACGCAGCAACUCACAGAGCAACCAGAACCCAGAAAUCGCUUAAGAGACCGCGGCAAAGUAACUUAACUGAAUUGCCUUCUUCCAUAUUUUCACGCCCCUUUCAUCCAGAACAUUUUUUUCUCGAACUGCCUCCAUGGAAGGCUCAACCUCCCCGAAGCAAGAAAAAGAAAACCAAGAAGAACUAGGGGAAACAAGGCGGUCAUGGGAAGGAAACACAGCAGCUUCUCCCCAAUAUUCUGAGCCUGAGUCGUCUGAGCCCUUGGAGGCGAAGCAGGGGCCAGAAACUGGACGCCAGUCCCGAAGCAGCCGUCCUUGGAGCCCGCAGUCUAGAGCCAGGACGCCUCUGGGUGGCCCCGCGGGACCAGAAACAUCAUCACCUGCUCUUGUCUCUCCGCAGGAGCCCUCUUCCACUCCUUCUCCCCUGGCUCCGGCCAGACAAGACCUCGAGGGACUACCUCAGUCAGAGAGGACCAUGAGUGUGAUUCCUGAAGCUGGGACACCUUAUCCUGAUCCUUUGGAACAAUCAUCUCAUAAAAGAGAAUCAACUCCUCAUCACACAAGCCAGUCAGAGGGAAACACCUCUCAACAGUCUCAGCAACCCAAACCCCACCUGUGUAGACGAAAGGACGUGAGCUAUAACAACGCUAAACAGAAAGAGCUGAGAUUUGACGUUUUUCAGGAGGAAGACUCAAACAGUGACUAUGAUUUACAGCAGCCGGCGCCUGGGGGCUCUGAAGUGGCCCCCAGCAUGCUUGAGAUCACCAUUCAGAAUGCUAAGGCUUACCUGCUGAAGACUAGUAGCAAUUCCGGCUUUAAUCUAUAUGAUCAUCUUUCUAAUAUGUUGACCAAGAUAUUAAAUGAGCGUCCUGAAAAUGCUGUUGACAUCUUUGAAAAUAUUAGCCAAGAUGUGAAGAUGGCACAUUUUAGUAAAAAAUUUGAUGCAUUCCAAAAUGAGAAUGAGUUGCUUCCAACAUAUGAAAUAGCAGAAAAGCAAAAGGCUCUUUUUCUCCAGGGACAUUUGGAAGGAGUUGACCAAGAACUGGAAGAUGAAAUAGCAGAAAACGCUCUUCCAAAUGUAAUGGAGUCAGCUUUUUAUUUUGAACAAGCUGGAGUUGGUUUGGGCACAGAUGAGACAUACCGCAUAUUUCUUGCCCUCAAGCAGCUUACUGACACCCACCCAAUCCAAAGAUGCCGCUUCUGGGGAAAGAUCUUGGGUCUGGAAAUGAAUUAUAUUGUAGCUGAAGUGGAAUUUCGUGAGGGGGAAGAUGAAGAGGAAGUGGAAGAGGAAGAUGUAGCUGAAGAGAGGGACAAUGGAGAAAGUGAAGCUGAUGAAGAUGAGGAAGAUGAAUUACCAAAGUCCUUUUACAAGGUCCCACAGGCUAUACCAAAAGAAGGAAGUAGAACAGGUGCCAACAAAUAUGUCUAUUUUGUUUGCAAUGAACCAGGAAGACCAUGGGUGAAGUUACCACCAGUUAUACCUGCACAAAUUGUUAUUGCAAGAAAAAUCAAGAAAUUUUUCACUGGGCGAUUGGAUGCUCCCAUCAUAAGCUACCCACCUUUCCCAGGAAAUGAGAGUAAUUAUUUACGAGCACAAAUUGCCCGAAUUUCAGCAGGAACCCACGUCAGUCCUCUAGGAUUUUAUCAGUUUGGUGAAGAGGAAGGAGAGGAGGAGGAAGAGGUAGAAGGUGGGCGAAAUAGCUUUGAGGAAAACCCUGAUUUUGAAGGCAUCCAAGUGACUGAUCUAGUAGAAUCCCUAUCCAAUUGGGUUCAUCAUGUACAGCAUAUUCUCUGUCAGGGUCGCUGUAAUUGGUUCAACUCCAUACAAAAAAAUGAGGAAGAAGAAGAGGAAGAAGAUGAAGAAAAAGAAGAGCCUGACUACAUAGAACAGGAAGUGGGGCCUCCUCUUUUGACACCAAUCUCUGAAGAUUUAGAGAUUCAGAAUAUACCCCCCUGGACAACACGGUUAUCCUCAAAUCUCAUUCCACAAUAUGCUAUUGCAGUCCUUCAAUCUAACCUUUGGCCUGGAGCAUAUGCCUUCUCCAAUGGCAAAAAGUUUGAAAAUUUCUACAUAGGCUGGGGUCAUAAGUAUAGUCCAGACAAUUAUACACCCCCAGUUCCACCACUAGUUUAUCAAGAAUACCCCAGUGGACCAGAAAUUACAGAAAUGGAUGAUCCUAGUGUGGAGGAGGAGCAGGCUUUCAGGGCUGCACAAGAAGCAGUUCUACUCGCAGCUGAGAAUGAAGAAUCUGAGGAAGAUGAAGAUGAGGAAGAUGAUUAUGACUAAUAAACAUAAAAUUAGCCUGAUUUUAUGUGACACUGAUACACACACACCCCUUAUAUGGGACUAAUUUUACACUUUUCUGUGCAUGUGUGUAUAUACAUACACAUGUAAGAAAUUAUUCAACUGCAAAAUGUCAAUCUUGAAAAUAUCAAGCUUGAAAUUUCAUAGAUAGAAAUAUUAGCAUUUUUAUUGAAAGAUACUCACGGGUUUUCCAGAGGCUAAAUAACAUGCAAUCACAUAAUUGUUCUGAGGGUUAUGGAUAAUGGAAUAUGUGCUUGUACAUUCUUGUUUUUAAAAGGGCUCAGGUUUCACAUGGUCCAGGUGAGGUAAAACAAAAUAAAUAAGUGAGUGGUCUCAGGUUUAAUUUGUAACAUGACAAACACUGGAAGCUAUAACCCACAGGAAAUUCUUGGAAACAUCAAUAUUUAAGAGUGUCAAGGGGUAUGAAGACAAAAAAUAUUGAUAGUCACUAGAGUAAUGUAUUCUUAACCUUUGUAAGAACUGAUCUCAGCAUAUAUUCUUAAACCUUUGUAAUUACC